AUGCCCAAACAGCUCCUGUUAAAAGCAGAACUCAAAAUUCCAAUUUUAAAAGGUUCCUCACGGAAAUUGAAUUUUGGCAAACCCUACUAUACAUACUGUGUAGAAGGGACGGUACAGGAAUUCACUCCACCCCUAAAUCGUGACUCACAGAGUCAUAUUACAUACCACCAUUGCUUCUAUCCCCACUCACUCCCGGAAAGAGCUUUCCAGAUCCCGAUCCACUCAUGGCUUCCCUUCAGAAGCUUUCAAUUGGUCCCUGGGUACACAUACGUCACACAAGGAAUCUUAUAUAAGCGUCUCAUUGUCUUCGAUAAUCUCAUUUCAGUUUUCGUGGGUCAUAAAGUGAAGGUGAAUAAUGUGGCUUCCGAACGAAAUCAUUAUGCUGUUGUUAAAAGCUCCGUGAUACUAAAAUUUGCUGAUACUAUCUACACGGUAUUUACGCUAUUAUUACUUUAUGUUUCAGUGUCUUCAAAUGGCGGUUCUAAUAUAUUCGUGGAUGCAAACCCCGCGCAGUAUAUAAUUCUUGAAAUAAAUACGGAUUCAAAGAAAGAACUGGAUAUAAAAUCUAAUAUUUCUGCGCCGUUGAUUAGUAACGACCGUGACAUCGAAGCAAUUACCAAUCCAGUGAAAGCGAUAAAACAAAAAACGGAUGAUUUACAGAGAAAUUAA